GUUCCAACCACAACCAAAAGCAUAUAUAAUCAACAGCUGGCCAUGACUCGAAGAAAGGUAGGAAUUCAGUGAAAGGAAGAAGUUGAACCAGUUGAUCUCAAAGUAUCACAUAAACCCCAUCUUAAUUCUUCAAGAAAAAAGAAAAUAUGCUCAGGGUUGCCUUCAGAAAAAAUGUCACCAUUUCAAGAGCUCCAUUGGCUUCUCCGACCUUCAAGAUGGGAUUUUCAUCCCAGCCUGGAAGCAGGCUUGAAGGCAAAGUGGCGCUGAUUACCGGAGCAGCAAGCGGCAUAGGGAAGGCAACCGCGUCAAAGUUCGUCAGCAACGGCGCCAAAGUUGUCAUUGCCGAUAUCCAACAGCAGCUCGGGCAGCUCGCAGCGAAAGAGCUCGGUCCAAACGCGGCAUUCAUUGCCUGCGAUGUCACGAAAGAAUCCGACAUUUCCAACGCCAUUGAUUUCACCGUCUCCGAACAUAGCCAGCUUGACAUUAUGUACAGCAAUGCCGGGGUGCCCUGCUACACUCCCCCGAGCAUCGUGGACCUCGAUCUUACAGCAUUCGACCGCGUCAUGAGCAUCAACGUGCGAGGAGUCGUGGCAGGAAUCAAGCACGCGUCGCGCGUGAUGAUCCCGCGCAAAACUGGCUCCAUUCUUUGCACAGCCAGCGUGACGGGACUGAUGGGAGGACUGGCGCAGCACACAUACUCCGUGUCCAAGUCUGCCGUCAUUGGCAUUGUCAAGUCCGUGGCUGCAGAGCUAUGCAAGCAUGGAAUCCGAGUCAAUUGCAUAUCGCCAUUUGCCAUUCCAACCCCGUUUGUGAUCGAGGAAAUGACUCAAAUUUUCCCGGGGGUUGAUAGACAACGGCUGAUAGAACUAACGCACAACGCAGGCGUCUUGGCUGGCGCAAAAUGUGAACCCAACGACGUCGCUAACGCUGCACUUUACCUAGCUUCCGACGAGGCUAAAUACGUCAGUGGCCAUAAUUUAGUUGUGGAUGGAGGUUUUACAUCUUUCAAGAUAUUGCAAUUUCCUGCACCAGAUCAGGUGCAUUAAGCAUUCAUCCAUUGUCACUACUUAUUUGCAAGGAGAUACACAUAUAUUCAUUAUAUCGAAGAUUCUCUCUGCAGGA